AUGGCUGAUGUGGCUCUUAAGGAGAAGGAGAAGGUACGUCGCAAUUCCAUCCUACCCGGCGGGCUCGGCUUCUUGAACGUAUGUCCGCAGGGUAACGCUGCCUUCAAGGCCGGUGACUUCCCGACCGCUAUCGGCCACUACACCGCUGCAUACAUCGCGGAUCCGUCAAAUGCGACGUACCCGCUGAACCGAGCCGCCGCGUACCUCAAACUAGGCAAGAACGAAGACGCGGAGCGAGACUGCGAGACUGUCAUACGACUGGACAAGAAGAAUGUGAAGGGCUACUUCCGGAGAGGACAGGCUAGGGUCGCGCUGCAGAGGCUGAAGGAUGCGGAGGCUGGUGCGUGGUGCCUGCUUGCCGUCGACGCGAAUGCGCCCAAACGAGAAAUUCCUCAGACACUCAUCGCGUUCACACGGAUAUGGGAUGAGCUAAAGACGGAAGAAGAGCGGUGGGACGUGCUUCGUCAAAUCCCUGCGACGCGCCUGCCGAUGCUGUUCAAAACGUCGCUGAGUGCGUCCAUCCUGGCUGCCAUCCUUCGCAGUCUUCGAUCAGCACUCGAAGGUGUGCCGGAGGAGCCAGAGCGGACUCUGGUUGUGCGCGCCUACAUGGUGAAUCUUCCACGUGUCCCACGCUUCAGCACAGUGUCUAUGAUGAUGAGUGCAGACGAACGUGCAGAUGCUCAGGUGGUCUGGGAUUUGCUGGGACGAUCUCGCGGGGACGGCGUCGAAGGGGAGAUGGAUAAGCGGAAGGAGGACGGGUCCAGAAGUGCUUGGGGCUGUCACUGA